UCUCUCCGACAGCCCAACAGCUGACUAACUUCAGAAUGUUUAUUUACGAUUGUGAAAUUAACGGGAUAAUUUAACGAUUGUUACAAUUUAAAAAUGUUGGAGGCGCGCUUAAGUCCGACUUUGCUCCUAAAGAAGAUAAUUGAGGCCCUAAAAGAGAUUAUCGCCCAGGGAACGUUGGAUUGCAGCGAUUCUGGCUUACAGCUCCAGUCGAUGGAUAAUUCGCAUGUGUCACUAGUGGUUCUAAGUCUGCAAUCGGAUUGUUUCGUGAAGUACCGCUGUGAUCGAAACGUCUCCCUGGGAUUGGACCUCAAAUCCCUGGCCAAGGUGCUUAAGUGCGCCAAUAGCGACGAUACGGUCACAAUUAAAGCCAUCGACAAGCCGGACAAAAUUCAACUCAUCUUCGAAUCGGAUGGCAAGGAACGGACGGCGGAUUACGAACUCAAGCUGCUGAAUCUGGACCAGGAUCACUUGGGAAUCCCGGACACGGACUACUCCUGCGUCGUUCAGUUGCCCUCGAUGGAGUUUGCCCGCAUUUGCCGAGACAUGAGCAUGUUCAGUGAAUCCCUGACGAUCGCCUGUUCCAAGCAGGGCAUCAAGUUCUCGGCCAACGGAGAUUUGGGUUCGGCCAAUAUCCAAUUGAGCGAGGGCACCAAAAUGGACGUGACCAUCGAGGUUAAGGAUCCAUUAACCCAGACCUUCGCCGGUCGUUACCUGAACACUUUCACCAAGGCCACUCCGCUGGCGGAUCGCGUGAAGAUAUGUCUAGCCCCCGAGGUUCCCCUGCUGGUGGAGUACCCCAUUGAGGAUUAUGGCUACAUUCGAUACUAUCUCGCACCCAAGGUGGAUGAUCCCGACUCGUAACUGUUAGAUCAUUAAUUUUACUUUCUUCUAACGCAAUUUAUAUAAAUAAUCAAAACCAAAAAUGGA